AUGGAGCUCCUGCGGGGCGACUCGGACUUUUCCACGCUCGUGGCGGCCAUCGAGGCCGCGGAUCUCAUCGGCGAGCGCGGGCCCGGGUCGACGCGGUUCUCCUUCGACGAGGACGGGCCCUACACGCUCUUCGCGCCGACGAACGACGCGUUCGGGGACGUGGACGUCGCCUACUACCUGGAGGCGGAGCACCAGGACGAGCUCGUGCGGCUGCUCGAGUACCACGUGAUUGCGGCGGAGGUGAGGAGCGGCGACCUAAGCGAGGGCCAGGAGGCGGAGAACCUCGACGGCUACGACCUCGUCGUCUCCCUGGACCCCGUGCGCAUCGCCGGCGCGAUCAACAGCGCCGACGUCACGGCGGCGGACAUCCUGGCCAUCAACGGCGUCGUCCACGCCGUCGACGCGGUCUUAAUUCCC